AUGGGGAAAGUUUCUAAGCGAUUAGGGUUUUUGGGUUUGAUGCUUGUGGUUCUCAUUAUUGGAGUUGCGGAAUGUAGGAGACUUGAGAAGGAUACUUUGGGAGGUGGUGGUCUUGGAGGAGGGGGUGGUGCUGGAGGAGGAUUUGGUGGUGGCAAAGGCGGUGGUGGGGGUGUUGGAGGAGGAGCCGGUGGCGGUGCUGGUGGAGGAUUUGGUGGGGGUGCUGGUGGAGGCAAAGGUGGUGGUUUAGGUGGUGGUGGAGGUCAAGGUGGAGGAUUUGGUGGUGGUGCUGGAGGAGGAUUAGGCGGCGGAGCUGGUAGUGGUCAUGGUGGUGGUGCGGGAGGAGGAUUUGGGGGAGGUGCUGGAGGAGACCAUGGUGGCGGUGAUGGAGGAGGAUUUGGCGGUGGUGCUGGAGGAGGUCACGGCGGCGGUGCUGGUGGAGGAUUUGGCGGUGGUGCAGGAGGUGGAGGAGGCCAUGGUAGUGGUGCUGGUGGAGGAUUUGGCGGUGGUGCAGGAGGUGGAGGAGGCCAUGGUACGGUGCUGGUGGAGGAUUUGGCGGAGGUGCAGGAGGUGGAGGAGGCCAUGGAUUGUCAUCGGCUUAGUCAAGAUGGCAAACUCAAGAUCGGCGAUGAGCAACUGAUGGUGUUUCGGUAG